CUCCCUCUUGCGCACCCAUCAGUCAGAUCGACGAGCCAGUCUACCAUUACCCGAAACACUCCAAAUCAGACAAGAUGGCGAAGGGAAAGAAAUUCGACAAGAAGAGUGCGCAGCACUUCACCCUCGUCCACCGACCGCAAAAUGACCCCCUCAUCCACGACGAAAAUGCGCCCUCGAUGGUGCUCAACCCGGUGCCUCAGAAGGGUGGGCCGUCGAAGAGCAAGCAUCUGAGCGACCUUGCAUCUGAAUUUGGGUCGGAAGCAGGCAGCAUACGCGCAAACGAAGGAGAGGCAGCAGAAUACGGCGUUUACUACGAUGACACUGAGUACGACUACAUGCAGCAUCUGCGCGGCUUGAACUCUGGAGGUGGUGAGGCCGUCUGGGUUGAGGCCUCGGGUGCCGCAAACAAUGACCGAAAGGGAAAGCAGACGCAAUCACUCGAAGAUGCGUUGCGACAGAUGGACCUGGAGCAAAAGAGCGAGGCUUUGCUGGAUCCCUCCCUCCUCCCCAACAAAAACCUCCCGCGAACCAACUACGAGACACAGGUGGAUGUCCCCGAUGCCAUCGCUGGAUUCCAGCCCGAUAUGGACCCCCGGUUGAGGGAGGUGCUGGAGGCAUUAGAGGACGACGCGUAUGUGGAUGAUGACGACGACAUUUUCAAAGAGCUGUCCAAGGACUCGCGCGAAGUCGAUCAGUACGAAUUUGAGGACCAAUACGACUAUGACGACGAGGAUGAGGGCUGGGAAUCAGACGACACUGCCAAGCCGAACAAGGAGUACAAGGAUGGAGCAGUGCCGCAGCUGGUCCCUGUUGAAGGGGAGGCGUUACCAGAACACCAGAACGAAGACUGGAUGGAAGACUUCAAGCAGUUCAAGAAAGAUCAAAAGGGCGGCAAGGUCCAGCCGGCCAAGGACACCCCGUCUGAGUUGCAGUCCUCCAUUUGGACCACGACAACGAUGGGUGGCCGGAAGAAGAAGAGAAAGGGAGCGUUGACCAAUCCAUCAGCCUUUUCUAUGACCUCGUCCGCCAUGGUCAGGACGGAACAACUCACCCUUCUGGACGCCAGAUUCGACAAGAUUGAGGAGGAGUACACAAAUGAGAUGGGUGACGACAUGGCAUCUGUCUCGGAAGUAUCAACGGCGACCAGUGUGACCGGACCCACCAGAGGCGACUUUGACAGCAUCAUGGAUGAUUUUCUGGGCAACUACACCAGGCCUGGAAAACGGACAAACAAGAAGAACAGGCCGCAGACUGGUCUUGAGCAACUUGACGAGAUCAGACAGGGUCUUGGCCCAGCUCGGUUUCGUUCACUCAACACCAAGAGGGUUUAGGUGUGUUUGCGCCCAAACACAGAAGCAUUCGGCGCAGCCUAGAUUCCGGUCAUCGAGAUACCCUCACUGAGUGCCAGACUUUGCAUUAGAUCUGAGCUCCAUAAUGUUAUGAUAAACAAAUUGAUGUUUUAUGAACCAUCAUUUUCUCCAACUUGAUCUGAAAUUUGCCACAAGCUGAGUCCUUAGAGAGUCCAGCGGCUAAUGAUUUUGCGUACAGUGAUUCACACUUGUCGCUUCCAACAACGUGAAAGUUCUCUGUAGCUUGAAAGAUUUGCCGAAAUCUUCCUUCUGGAAGGAACACUCGAAAGUGCAUGUGAGGUAUGCUCCCGCCGUGGGAGGAGAACCUUGAGGAGUUCAUC